CUGAAUCCCCCCCAUCACACUCAGCACAGGAAGUUCUGCACAACAAGUCAGACUUGUGCAGCUCUCAGCCAGCAGCCACCUCCCAGGCUAAUAACACAGCCAUGGCCGGGGGCCCUCGCUUGCUGCAGGUCAGGGGCCACAAAUCAGCCCACCGCCAUCGCCAGUGAGGGCUGGAGCCACCGCGGGGAUGGAGGGCGCUCACCAGGAUUCUGACUCCACAGAUGUCGGAGUCCCCGAGGUUCCGCGUUGCUCCAAUCCGGUGCCGAACGGCCGCCCGCCAUCAUCCGGCCUCAGCAUUUUGGACCGACUCAUUAAAACCUGCCCGGUGUGGCUGCAGCUGUGCAUGAGCCCGAAGCAAGCGGCGUCCAUACUCGCUGAAGAGGCACCCGGGGUCUUCCUCGUCACCCGCGAUGUGGAAGCCAAGUGUAUGGUCCUCUGGGUCCACUUCUCCGAUCACAAGAACCCCGCCGAUGUCCUUCGUUACAACAUCCGGGAAGAGAAAACAAUGAUGUAUUUGGAGGGCUCCUUCCUCAUCUUCGAAGAUAUAUUUAAGCUUGUAGGAUUCUAUUGUGUCAGCCGAGAUAUUUUACAGUCUCCACUGCGGCUUCCAUACAUCAUAUCCAGAGCCCAAACCUUGAAGGACCUGGAAACUCUUUCCAACCUUGGUUCAGGAUUCUGGGACUCCUCCAUAAGAGACAAAAGAGGCACGCUCAUUCCUCAUCCCGGUAAAUUGGCGUCCUGUGGCCGUUUGCGGAGCGGAGACGCCUCCGAUGCACCGAGUGACUGCGCCUGUGAAAUCGAGCUCACGGCAGGAAGCGGCAGAUUGUGGUUUGUGAAUCCUAUUUUUAUCGAGGAGUGUGGCAACGCACAGGCCUGUGAUAAACUUCCCCUUACAAACUGUGUUGCAAAAGCCGAAGUUCAGCUCCCCAAAGUUGUUUACAGGAGACCUCCUCCUCCUCCUCCACCACCGCCUCUUUCGUUACAUAAGCCUCCCCUUCCGUCUCUUCCUCCCUCUGCGCCUCCCCCAGAUUAUAUACUUCUACAUUCACACUCGCCAACGUUGAGUUCUCCUGAGAUUUCCUCCCCUACGCCUUCAAGUUUCUCUGACCAAAGUUUGAUCUCCCCUUCUCAAACCGAGACGCCACCACUGCCUUCUUCUGGUGACGCUCCUUCAGAUGAGACAGUUUCUCAAUGUUCUUCAACUAACGCACAGUCAGAUGGACCUCUUCCUCUGAAUUCUGCUUUGGACGCCCCAGCUGAUCUGUCUCUGGCUUCAUCAUCCUGUUCUUCUGUUGCUCCUUUAGUGGAACAUCUCACGUUAUGUUGCUCUAGUGACCCGUCAUCUUCUGAACCUAAACUCUUAGAACCUGAAUGCCCUCCUACUUCUGUUGAUUCUCCACCAGCUGAAUCUUCUAGUCUUGAAUGUAAGACGGAUGUGUCCCUUUCCUCAUCGGCUCCUCCAAACUUAAACCAGGCAGACAACUCUAAGGGGUCUUCGGGCAUCCAGGGGUCUUCGGGCAUCCAGGGGUCUUCGGGCAUCCAGGGGUCUUCGGGCAUCCAGGGGUCUUCGGGCAUCCAAGGGUCUUCGGCCAUCCAGGGGUCUUCGGCCAUCCAGGGGUCUUCGGCCAUCCAGGGGUCUUCGGCCAUCCAGGGGUCUUCGGCCAUCCAGGGGUCUUCUGCCAUCACAGGUUCUUCCAUCAUCGAUGAUCAUAUGGUUGAGAAGCCUUCUGCAGAUAUGAGAAUCAUCAAUUCAGAAGAGAAGAAAGACGUUCCAGUAAAUGAUGUGCAUCCAGGAGCAUCUCCAAUUAAGACUCCUGUUCGCCUGCCACCUGCUGUCCCGAAAAGGAGACCUUCUGGUAAAGUUCCAGAGACUUCACCCAACGUUUUUUCAGUAAAACCAGACGAAGAGAAAAAACUAAGUUCGCCAUCUUCUGAGCUAAAGAACAGUGUGUCAAAAGCGAAGCCAAUGAUGAAACCAGCUGAGACUCAGAGAGGAAGCCAUGAAAACCUCAAACAAAAGGUCGACUCUCCGGUACAUCAACAAAAAUUGGCAGACGGGAAGAAAAUGCCUCCUCCCGUCCCACCACCCCGAGUGAAGAAAUUGUCUUCUAAGAAUUCCUCUGUCACAGCUGGUCAGCAAAAACCGAAACCAAAAAGUCUUGUUGAGCCCCAACAACCUUCCAAGACAUCUGAAAACCACCAGAGUGUCAAAACCAGGGAUAAAAAAGGACCACUAAAAACUUCGACAUCCCAAGACCUGAAGGGUUCAGAUUCGUCUUUGAAUUCGCCGGUGAGUGGACCAACUACCCCAUCAUCCAAUCCGGAGAUGGAUUCCAACUCUACCAGCAGCGCCGAUGAGGAGUGCGACAGGCUCGCCGGUGCGUCCCUCAAAAAGUCCCAUUCAUUUAUGCUGGACAGGGCCAAAAACAGGUUGUCCAUCGUGGCCAUCACCAACGUCUUUUCUGCGUUUAUGUCUGCAGACCGGAAGCUGCAGAAGAAGAUUACGGAACUGGCUCACGACAAAGACUCGUACUUCGGGAAUCUGGUGCAGGACUAUAAGGCCUACAGUUUGGAGAUGAUGGCCAAGCAGAGCUCCAGCACGGAGAUGUUGCAGGAGAUACGGCUCAUGAUGACCCAGCUGAAGAGUUAUCUGGUUCAGAGCACCGAGCUGAAGUCCAUGGUGGAUUAUAAUCUAUACACGGAUGAUAAAAUAGACGCCAUCGUGGAGGCAGCUCUGUGCAAGUGCGUCCUGAAGCCGCUCAAGGCCCCCGUUGAACGUUACCUCCGGGAGAUCCACGAGAAGGACGACUCAAUGAGACUUAUGACGGAGAACCAGCUGGUCAUCCAGGACACCACCACCACCGACCUGGGCGUCACCACCAGCGUGCCAGACAGCGGCUUGAUGGAGAAGAUUACCCAGAAGUUUGGGACCAUGCACAAGACCUACUCUCCAGAGAAGAAGAUCACCUACCUGCUGAAAGCAUGCAAGCUCAUCUACGACUCCAUGGCCGCUGGGAACCCAGGGAAGCCCCACGGAGCAGAUGACUUCCUCCCAGUUCUGAUGUAUGUCUUGGCCCGCUGUGACCUCGUGGCUCUUCUCCUGGAUGUGGAAUAUAUGAUGGAGCUGAUGGACCCUUCGCUGCAGCUGGGAGAAGGCUCCUAUUACCUGACCACCACUUACGGGGCUCUGGAGCACAUAAAGAACUACGAUAAGAUCACAGUGACCCGGCAGCUCAGCCUGGAGGUCCAAGACUCCAUCCAUCGAUGGGAGAGGAGACGAACGCUCAACAAAGCCAGGGUGUCUCGCUCCUCCAUACAGGACUUCAUCACAAUCUCCUUCGAAGAGCUGGAAGUGAACACGAGGACCUUGGCCACCAAGCCGGAUACGAGGGUGGCCCAGGUGCUGCAGCAGUGCGUGGAGAAAUUUGAGGUGUCCGACCCACAGAAAUACGGGCUCUUCGUACUCAUCAACGAACGGUUUUACCGCCUUGCCGACGACGCAUUGCCGCAGCAGGUGAAAUCUCGCCUGUUGAAGAACGAAGAAAAAUUGGACUUCCACUUCCUGUAUAAGACGGCGGGCGAGCAAGACGCGCCGGUGAAGGACCUGGACUUUCUCUAGCCCCUUUCGCCAUGAGGUGGGGGGCAUACAAGACAUUGUACCCGACACCCAGGGAUGAGAUGGUUCUGGCUGGUCCAAUCCAUGUAUUUGCCUUGGUAUGCUGGUCUCUAUUGGGGCAUUCCAGUCCUGAAUGCCCUAUGGGCAUAUAAAGCGCAAAGAUGCCCGUUUUUAUGGAACAAAGGGGAAAUUUGGUAAAAUUUAAGCAAUUUCGGAGUUUAAAACUGUAUAGAAAUGUAUUAUUGAAGACGAGGGCUGGGUGAGCUUUCCAAUUUUUUUAAUUUUUUGUAUUUUUUUUUUUUAAAAGGACUUCUCUGUCAAAGAAGCAAAUCAAGAGAUAUUGUUCGGGGAAAGCAAAUUAAAUUGUUAAUAAAGUUACUUUUAUCUUGAAA